UCUAUGAGGAAUACGUUAGGAAGAAAAUGUCUGAGUAGUUCCUUUUUAACAUUCAAAAUAAUAAUUUAAGGAAAGCUACCACCGCAUUAGUGUAAUUAGUUGUUCGCGGACUGCGCUGCAAUGAUUUGAUUACAUGUUAGCUAAAUUUGACUGCUUCGCCAGUUUUGGGCGGGAAAAAAUUGCUAAACCUUUUUAUUAAGAACUCCAGUGCAAGAAAAUACAUCAUGACAGAGAAAAGCAAAAUAAAUAUAUUAGUACAGAAUAUUUCAGAUGCACUAAAAGCUUUGGACAAUUGCAGUAUCCUUGAAGAAAUACCUAGUGGUGACUGGGAAGAUGAAAUUUUGAAUGAGUUUAAAAGUAUAGUUUCUGAUGUGUGUACUAAACUUGAUUCUCUUAAAUUGGCGGUUACUAAUAUUUCUGAAUACAGAAGUAAAAAUAGUAAAUUAGAGAACAGAUGUAUCCAAGAAGAUUUAGUAGAACUGUCUGAAGGUACAAAGGGAAAGGAGACAGAUGAGGCUGAUGCUACACCAGAUAAAAUAGAAAAACCAAUAAUAAUAAAAAUUAAAAAUCGAAGAGUUGUUACUGAUGCCAAUGAAGAGAACUCUAUUGAUGUAAAUGAUCAUGAAAGACAAGCUAGAAGUGAGUCUAUCACUGAAGGUGUGGAAAGUGAAGAUGUGUGUAGUAGUGGUGAUGAUAUAUUAGAUGUGAAACACAAAAAUAAAAAGUCAAGAAAAAAUAAAAAAAACCUUGACAAAUCGAAAAAUGGUAAAGCUAACAUAGAUGAGUCAAAUCAGAACAACCAAAAUUCUUCCGAUGUGUUAGAGAGUGAUAUAAAGAAAACUAAUCCUCCUGAAAAUGACAAAGAAACUUUGAUAGAAAACCAGAAUGAUCUCCAUAUUGAAAAUGGAAAUUUAUCUAUUGAAUCUAACUUAAUCGGCACUAUUGACUGUGAGAGAGCAGAAGAUAGUAUGGAACCAAACAAAGAUGCAAAUGAUUCAAAUAUUGGUGAAGAUUCAGAAAAAAGUGCUAAUUGUUUAGAAAACCAUGCAGAAAACAAUGAACAGAGUCAAAAAACAGAUUUGGAAUUUAGCAAACCCUUAAUUAAGUUGGUUGAUAUUAAGAAAUUGAUGGCUCCCGGUGCUAAACCUAUUUCUGCUGAUUUGGAUAAUUCAGUUAUAAUUUUAACAAGCUCUGAUGAGGAAUUAAGGAAGGAAAGCACUAAAGACUCAUCAUCAAGUCUUACAAAAGAUAAUUCCAAGAAAACAAAUCGAAAAAAUUUUAAAUUAGAACAAAGCACUAUAGAUAUUGAUUCUUCUGAUCCUAAUUGCAGAAAUCAUAGGACUACAAGAAGACGAAAGGAUAUAAAGGCAAAGUCUAGAAUAUUUAAUGAACUUGUUGCAGAACGAACUAGACUUCGUAAGAAAAAAAGUUUGGAGCUUGGAAUUACUUCUGAUUCUGAAAGUGAAAGUUCUAAGAAGGUAAACAAGAAAAUGAGAAACAGAAAAGUUGAAGCCAAAUCAACAACCACCACUAAGACAAACAUUGAAGAUAAAGUAUUACAAAAGACUUCAAUUAAAAAUAAUGAACUUGCAGAAGAAAGUGGUGUAUCUGACCGUAGUGACAACGAUAGUCUUCCUCUAAUUGAGAGAGUACAAAAAUCAACCAAAGAUAUAAUCAGGAGAUGCCCUCAUGAAAGAGAUCUAAAAUUUAAAAGUAGGGUUUAUAUUCCUUUGCCUAAAUUUAGAUGUGAAGAUUUACCAAAUUUGUAUUUGUAUAAAAAGGAAUUACUUAAAAUAAAAAGGAUAACUGAUAUUGAUUUUGCAAGUAAUGGAGAUUCACCACCCCUCAUCAGUGUAAGUGAAAAAGUUGAUAAACCUAAAUCUCAAAACUGCAAAAGAAAAGUAUGUGUAAAAAACAGUGAACAUUUAAACAGUAACACAAGAAUCUCCCAAUCAGAAGAAAAGGAUCUGACAGAAAAGGAAAACCAAGCAUUUGUUGAGAUGCCGCAAAUAGUACAAGAUGGUGACACAUCUGACAAUGAAAAGCAAUCUAACAAAGAAAAUUGCAAGUUAAACACAGGACAUAAUGUUGGAGACAAAAGUGAGGAAGUAAAUGUUAAAGAAAAGAAAAGGAAACGAAAGAAUGAUGGGAGCUGUAGUGAAGGAGAUGAAAAGACUCAAACUUCAAAGUUGAAAAAGGAAAAAUUACUUACAGAAAAGUUAAAUUCCAGCGAUUCUGAAGGGGAAAUAACUAAAUCCAAAAGGAAAACAGAUAUGAAAAUUAAGAAAAAAAAGAUUAUUUCUGAUUCUGAAUCUGAUUGUGAAGGGAUCAAUACAGAGGAUGCAAUCAAACAAUUAGACGAUAAUAUUUCAAAUGAAUCUGACAAAGAGCCUCAAGCCUCAAAAAAAUUAAAAAAGAAGAUCAGGAAGGUUAUUUCAGAUUCUGAAUCAGAUACUGAUAAAAGUAAAAGUUCAAGUGAAUCUGAGCAUGAACAAACAAAUAAAAAUGAGCCAGAAAGCAAAAACGCUUCCCGUCGCAGGGUAAAACGUACAAAAGAGAGCAGUAGUAGUGAGGAUGAAGACAAAUCUACUAGAAAGACUAUACGCCGGAUGUUGGAUAAAGAUUCUUUAUCUGAAACUACAAAACAGGCUGAGGCUGAUGAAAAAGAAAGAAAAAUUCGUAUUGCAGAAAAGCAGAAAAAGUACAAUGAAAUAUUUCAACUGAAAUCAGAUGCUGCCGUGGAAAAGGUCAUUUUAGAUUUUGAUGAAAAAGAAGGCAAAGAGCUACUAUGCGUUAGCAAAAAACUUGUAAAACAUUUGAAACCACACCAGGUGAACGGCGUAAAAUUUAUGUGGGAUGCUUGUUUUGAAUCUCUUGAACGUGUGAAAAAAAAUGAAGGAUCUGGUUGUAUUUUAGCUCAUUGUAUGGGUUUGGGAAAAACUCUGCAGGUAAUAACGUUGUCUCACACUCUAUUGACAAACAAAAAGAAAACACAAGUGGAGAAAAUUAUGGUAGUCUGCCCGGUAAACACUGUUCUUAAUUGGAAGGCAGAAUUUAAAAAAUGGCUGCCUGAGGAAGAGUUCGAAAUAUUCGAUCUUGUGUCAUGUAAAACAUCAUCAGUAAAUUAUGAAAGAAGCAACAUUGUGCAAGAGUGGCAUGAGGAUGGCGGUGUGCUCAUUAUUGGUUACAACAUGUUUCGAAAUUUAAGUAAUCCCGUGUAUAAAGCGAUUCCAAAGAAAUUAAGGCACACAUUUCAGAAAGGAUUGGUCGACCCGGGUCCUGAUCUGGUUGUAUGUGAUGAAGGCCACUUGCUGAAAAAUGAAAAAACCAAUCUAAGUAUAGCAAUGAAUAGAAUAAAAACUUCUCGAAGGAUUGUGCUAACAGGAACUCCUCUUCAAAACAAUCUCAAAGAAUAUUGGUGUAUGGUGCAGUUCAUAAAACCAAAUCUGUUGGGGACAUACAAAGAGUAUUUAAAUAGGUUUGUAAAUCCUAUUAUUAAUGGCCAAUAUACUGAUUCAACUCCUCAUGACAUAUCCAUUAUGAGAAAGCGAUCUCAUGUAUUGCACAAGCUUUUGGAUGGUGUCGUCCAAAGGCAGGACUAUGCAGUAUUGGCGCCGUAUCUCCCUCCUAAGUAUGAAUAUGUGUUAUUUAUAAAGUUGUCAGAAGUUCAAGCAAAACUAUACAUGCAUUACAUGAAGAAUUUUGCGCAGAAAAGAAUAGAGGGUUCUAGAAAUACAUCAUUCCUCUUUACUGAUUUUCAAGAGCUACAAAGGAUAUGCACCCAUCCUAGAGUCCUUUUGGAUAAGAGUGUUGAAGAUAAAGACAAAAAUCUCAUUACUGAUGAAGAAGAUUCGGAAGGUUCUUUAAAAGAUUUCAUAGACGAUGGCACUUCAGAAGAGGAGGAAAGCUCAGGCACUUCAACUUCUGAGAGUGGUUCUGCCUCAGACUCUGACAAUUCAUUAAAAAAGAACAAAAAGAAGAAAAAAAAAUCUAAAGCAACGCGUCUGACACGAGCUCAACGAGCUCAAAAGAGGGAGAAUGGUGAUAUGUCAGACAGUGAUGUAGAAAUUUCUGGACCUAAAAUGUGGUGGCAAGAGUUCAUUGAUGGCGAUGAACUGAACAAUCUCAAUCACAGUUCAAAAUUAUUUUUAUUGUCCAAAAUAUUAACUGAAUGUGAGGAAAUUGGUGAUAAAGUGUUAGUUUUUUCACAGUCCUUAUAUACUCUAAAUUGUAUCGAAUAUUUCCUACAAAAAAUUGAUGAUGCAUCCCAAUCUAACGACACUGAAAAGCUUGGGGGACAUGCUUCUUCUUGGUCUUUGGGUUUAGAUUACUUUAGGUUAGAUGGAUCUUCAAGCUGUGAUAACCGUGCCGCAUGGUGUGAUUCAUUUAAUAAUCCCGAGAACACAAGAGCACGAUUGUUUUUGAUAUCAACUAAAGCCGGCGGUUUGGGAAUAAAUUUGGUUGCGGCUAACCGAGUAAUCAUUUUCGAUGUUUCCUGGAAUCCUUCACAUGAUAUCCAGAGCAUAUAUAGGGUAUACAGAUUUGGUCAAACCAAACCGUGUUAUAUUUAUCGAUUUGUUUGUUAUGGUGCGAUGGAGAUGAAAAUAUAUGAAAGACAAGUUACAAAACAGGCUAUUUCAAAAAGAGUGAUAGAUGAACAGCAAAUCGACAGGCAUUACAGUCAAAAUGAUAUAAUGGAGUUGUACAAGGUAGAUUUGGAUCCGAAAGACAGACCAAUCCCUUUGGUUCCAAAAGAUGUACUGUUAGGAGAAUUACUCCAAAAUCACGAAAACAUAUUGUUUAAAUACCAUGAACAUCAGUCCUUAUUGGAAAAUAAAGAAGAGGAAUGUCUGAAUGAAGAAGAACGCAAAGCUGCCUGGGAAGAGUUUGAAAAUGAAAAAGUAAUGCGGAAAAAUACAGUUACCAAUUUCGGCGGCAUAACUGGCAUGCAGGCGUUCAAUAAUACUUUGGCUUACUCGCCUCAGAUUAUUCAGGUGGCUUUGGCUAACAUCGUUCGUAAAGAUAAUCCGACCUGGUCUGAAAUCCAAAUUAAGGGAAUACUGCCGGCACUUGUGCAGCAGUUGCAGAUGCAGUUAACAGCACAAGACUAUACAAUGUACAACCGCGUGCAACAAGAAAUCAAGCUAAUGCAGGCAGUGCAAGCUCAACGUAUGCGAGAACAAUAUUUCCAGCAUCAAAUACAGCAAAUGAUUCAAAAGCAGCAGCUGCAAAAUCAAAUGUUGGGCAAUUUAAACGUCGAUCCGUCGAUUCUCUCAAGACAAGUACAAGGUGGCGGCUCCUCCCAUAGUAAUAUUCGUCCGGUACAAAAUCCAGUCGGAAGACCUCAAAGAUCUACAGCUAAGGCAGAUCAUGUAAUCGAGUUAAAUGACUGACAGUAAGGAACUAUUUUAGAUAGGAACUUAGGAUUACCUUGAGAAUAUCUACUUAAUAGCAUCAAUGGUUUGGUGUGUAAUACCAUUUACAAAUGUUCUGUAUCCCUCCUGCGUUGGUUGCUUUUGAAUCGAACUUGCUGACUUUUCACCUGUUGGUUUCUUCAAAGUUAAACUGAUACUGUUUCAGUUCAAGUUCAACCCACUCAGGUGGAAUCCAGAAGUAUUUUAUAGUAUUGCUGGUUUAAAUUCUCAUCUAAAAAGUGUCUAUUUAGCAUUUACUCUUUCUUGAACCACAGUAAAUCGGGUAAAACAAAAUAGUCACGCUGGCAACAUUAAUUUCACAUUUUAGACCCACAUAAAUUACAUUCUCACAUUUAAAAAUUUAUUAAUAUUCCCUUAGAACUUUCUUAGAUAUGUCAUAUGGUCAAUCCACCUCUUCAAGUUCAAGAUUUAAAAAUAACAAAAUAAAAAGUAUAAUUGUUUCCGAAAAACUUUGGAAAUGGAAACUAAAUUAUUUUGCCUUAUUUAUAUGAAGUAGCAAUUCUCAAGAUUGUGUAUAUAAUUCAUUAGUCUGUGUUGUACACCAAGCGAAUAUAUUAUAUUUUUUCUUAUUGUUUUUUACUUUUGUGCGUUUUUUAAUUUAUAUGUUGUAAAUAGAUCUUUUGUGCUCUGAUCAAAUGCAUUUUAAAAUAAAUAAAUGUUUUUGUGAUAUCCUAGAUGCGAAUUAGUUACUUUAAAUAUUAAUAUUUUUUUUCGCUAUCCACGCAAGCAGCAAGGUAAUUUUAUACAAAAACAAGUAUGAUUUGGUCCUAUCAUUAAACUGUGGCAUAUAGAACUGCCGCCUGAAAUUGGGCCUAAAUAAUACUUUUGCUAUAACAUGCCUUAAAUUUCAGAAAAAUUAAUCUCACAGACAUGCAACUAAAAUUAACUUCCUUGAAAUACAACCACAAAAGCAUAAUACCAAAAAUGAACUUUCUAACCUGAUUAUCCAAAUUUAAAGAAGUCACAACGUAAAAAGUACAACAGCAAAGUGGGCCGAGAUUGUAGAAUAUUGAAUAUGAAAUGGCAAUC